AUGGCGACUCCGGGUAGGAAUACUGUCAAAGUUUUCGUGUACAUAGGAGGCCAGAUUGUUUAUGAUGGAUUGUCAGUGAAUUAUGAUCAAUCUCAUCAUACAGUCGUACGAGUGAAACGCGAUAUAUCUUUCUCAGAUUUCUUGGCGAAAAUAUACUCACGUUGCCGAAUAGAUAGAAAUGAAUUUGUGUUAUCGGUGUCGGGCAAAAUAUCACGAUGGUAUCAAAAUCAGUGGAGCGAGAUAGUUUAUGAGAUAACAAGUGAUGAUGAUAUAGAAAUCUAUUUGCACCCGGAUGAAGGAAACGAUUCCAUAGAUGUUUAUGUUGAGUCUCAGCCUUUAUACAAUCCUUUGAUGCCUUCACAAUUCACUACAUCAGAGCCUCUCUACUCCCCUUCGAGACCUUCACAAUUCAGUACAUCAGAACCUCUCUAUUCCCCUUCCAGACCUUCACAAUUCACUACAUCAGAACCUCUCUACUCCCCUUCGAGACCUUCACAACAUUUUGAUUUGAAUGAUGCGUACAAUUCAUUUAUGCAAACAAGUCCUGAGUUAGUUGCGGUUACACAAGGGUUUUCUAAUAUGGGCUUUGAAGCGGGGCCAUCGAGGCAUUCUUAUCAAAAUCUUGGGGUACAUAUUGGGGAUUCAAGUGGCAUGAGAAAUGCUCAUGAAAAUUUUGAUCUUCCUAAUGAAACUCGUCAUUGUGAUAAUAAUGAUGACGAUGAUCCUUUCGGAGACGCACAUGGGCCAAAUGUUCGAAGCGACUCUGAACCCUCCGACCAUGGAGACGAUGAUGAUAGUGGUGAAGAGAACAAUGAUGAGAAUAUCGAAGCCGUUGAUGACGUUGUACAAACAAUAUCGCAGCCAGAAAUUCCAUCAACUUCCCAUGUUCAUUUCAGCAAUCCAUCAUUUGCAGAACCUCCUACUCAGUUUUAUGAUCCACCUUCGUUCUACUCUCUGUCAUUUCCUGAAAUCCCAGCCGAUUCCAUUGAUGUUCCGUCGGGUAUGUGGUCAAAAUUUUAUGAUAGCAGCAAAGGUACUCUCGAAAAGGGGAUGAUUUUUUAAUUGGGAUCUACGAUGGCGAUCAUAGUUGCGGUAUGCAAGGGAUGA